GUGUGGUUUUGAGUCGAAUCUCCCCAGCUAAACGAACGAGUCGAGCCCCCUUGGAAAAAAGGGUAAUUUGUUGUUUAGAAUAACAUAGCAACGUGCUUUCAAACAUUCAGAAACAAAAGGCGCUCAUUUUCCAAGAGCCUUACAAUAUGGGGAUACGGAUGUAUUUCGCUAAAAGAAAGCAGUUUGCGUGCAAUAUUUGUUAGCAACGAUAACUAACUCGCAAGCUAACUGGCUAGCUCUGUUCGGGAGAGGUUACGCGGAGUGUCACUGUACAUUAGCAAAAUAGGUGCAUAGUUAGCGGCGUCAGCUAGCUAGCUAACGUUACCAUUGUGUCAGUUAACUCGGCCUUGCAUCAGCAACCCCGUUAGUUGGACUGGGUUGAAGAGGCAUUUCAAGCCUCUCGGUUUGGGACCGCUGGCUGCAGUACCGGAGUCCACCAACGUGGGGCAGCGUGGGGAGGAUCCGGGGGGCCGCAGGGAGCCAGCAGAGGCAUGACCUCUGUGGUACUUGUUGACAGCGGGGGGGCGGUGGUGGAGUACAUCACUGCCGUGGAGGAUCCUCAACAGGAGGGAGAGUGUGAGGUGGAGGAGUGUGAUGGCGAGGCGGAGGUGGAGGUGGAAGGUGACCGGGUGGAGUUGGAGACGGAUGAGGAUGGGGAGUACCCAGCGGUGAUUGUAGAGGAGGUGCCAGGGAGCAGGCUUCAGCAGUGCUUCUCAGCCCAGGUGUUGGUCUACGAUGACGGGACCUACCUGAUGCAGGAUGUUGGGGACGAACAGGAGGUGGAGACUGAAGCGGGGGAGACAGUGGAAGCAUCCUGUCACGGCACCAGUAUUCACUUCUCUGAUAAGACCAUCGAGGCAGCCGAGGCUCUGUUACAUAUGGACUCCCCCUCCAGCCUGAGAGGAGACCGCAGCCCAGACGUGUUCAUCCCUGCAGGGUGUGGGGCCACCCCAGACUUCAUCCACGCCGCGAUGCGUCCUGAUGUGAUGACCGAGACAGUAGUGGAGGUAUCCACGGAGGACUGUGUGGAGGAGGACAUGGAGGUCACCCUGAUAGAGGAGCCGGAAGAGCCGGGACCCGACCACGAACCGGUCAGGAAGAAGAAAGCAGGGAGGAAACCCAAGACCCAACAACCAGCCAUAGCUAACGGGUCACCUGACGUUGGGAUCAAGAAGAAACCCAGAGAGGGAAAAGGCAGCACCACCUACCUGUGGGAGUUCCUACUGGACCUGCUGCAGGACAAGAACACCUGUCCCAGGUACAUCAAGUGGACCCAGAGGGAGAAGGGCAUCUUCAAGCUGGUGGACUCCAAGGCCGUGUCCAAGCUGUGGGGCAAACACAAGAACAAGCCCGACAUGAACUACGAAACCAUGGGGAGGGCCCUGAGGUACUACUAUCAGCGUGGAAUCCUGGCAAAGGUCGAAGGUCAGCGCUUGGUUUACCAGUUCAAGGAGAUGCCCAAGAACAUUGUUGUCAUCGACGACGACAAGGCUGACUCUGGGACGGACGAACUGAUUGGCUCAGAGUCGUACCACGAGAGAGUCCCGCCCUCGUCGGAGUCUAUACUGAACGUGGCCGAGCUCGCCAAGACGCCAACCAUCUUGAGGGUUGCUAAGGGCAACAAGGGGGUGAUGACAGGGGGUGGAGUGGCGGCCGGGGUUCCGAGGAUAGUGACAGUUUCCACGGCGCCAGACGGAACACAGACGCAGCAUUCUCACACUGCUGUCAUCCCCACCGCCUCCGGACCCAGGACGGUACGGGUCGCCAUGCAGGUUCCAGUAGUAAUGACCACGUCGCUGGGUCAGAAGAUCGCCAUGCAACAGGCACCGGGGGCGACAGGAGGCCAAACAACCUAUCAGCUGGCCGGCUCCUCCCCCAUCGGCACGGCGACGGGCAAUCCCGGUUCCCAACAGAAGGUGGUGAUCCAGACGAUCCCCACGAUCGUCCCGGCCACGGCGGAGAACGGGGACAAGAUCACAGUGCAGCUGGCUAAGAUCAUCACCAUCCCGGCUCACCAGCUGGCCCAGUACCAGCAGCAGAACAAGCCCGGCAUGGGUGGCUCCUCCGCCGGGAGCAUCUCCCUCCUGGGGGGCCCUCUCACCCUCCGAGGCCUAACCCCCCACGUCACCAUGGCUACAAUGGCCCCCGGAACACAGGUGAUGAGGCUGGCAGUUCCCACGGCGCUGCAGCAGCCGCAGACUCACCACAUCGUCACGUCGACGCAUGGAGGCGGGGCUGGCACCACUGUGGUCACCGUGACGACGACGACAGCCAAUCAGAACGCUCCGGUGGCGCCUGCGCCCCACAUCAUCGGCGGAAUCAUCAAAAGUUCAGACGCCACCGCGGCGAUGAGGGAACUGCAGGCCAAGACUGCACGGCCACCGGCGGUUCCGAAGAUGAUGCCAGAAGCACCGGAGGAGGAGGUCAGUCUCGUCUCCACGGAGAUCACCCCGGUGGUUGUCAGCUCGGAAGAGGUCUCACCCGGAAACAAAUCCGUAGAUCUUGAGUGUUGAGAGGAAGAGAGGUCACGUGCUACAACACACACCACCCAUCCUGUCCCUGUGGUGGUCUCUGUCCAGAUAGGAAUCUGUUCCCCUUUUCGUAUUGACACUCGGACACAAAGACAUGAGGGAAAGCCCCGUUUUUACCCAUAACCCUCUCUGCUCCCUGGGGGUCGACCUUCUCGAACCACACCCCUGUCUCUUCACCUGAUGGCAGCCUGUUCCCAGGAAACCACAGCCCCGUCUCUUCCCUGGAAACAUUGUCCAAAGUAGGGCGGUAUGUAGGGAAUAGGGAGCUGUUUGGGACAGAUUUGAUUCAUGGCACACUGCCAGCCACAUAAGAACCCAUCCAUCCAGCCAGCCACAUAGGAACCCACCCAGCCAGCCACAUAGGAACCCAGGCAGCCGCGUAGGAGCCCAGCAGUGACUUUGAACGGGGGCGGACGAAUCUCCUGGAGGUUCAAGGGACCAAGUCAAACUGAAAUCACUAUGUUUGCAGAGACUGUAGCAAAGCUACAAAGGAAGCGCAAACAAAAAAAAAGAGAACACUAAAAAGGCAAAUAAUUACAAACUACCAAAUGUGAACUGUAAAGGAGAGAGAUGGAGAAGAGAAAUGUUGUGCUUUGUAUCAGUUUGUAUAGAAUUUAAUUUGUUUUCCUCCCCACUCUGCAAACCAGCAACUUGUGACGAUCACUGUGCAGAUGCCGUAUGUUGCCCGGUGCUAUGCAACACACACACGCACACACACCACACACACACACACACACACACACACACACACACACGACUUCUGGAAAGACGCGGGGCGGUUCUAAGACUUGUCUUCAACCCAUCCUCAAUGACCCCCUGACUUCUCCUGAUUUUGUUGUAUCGACAGGCCCACCCGAUUGACCAAUCGGGAGGUUGAUGAUCAGUUGACUGGUCAGCUGUGCCGGCUCUGGUAUAGAUCACAUGUAUGGAAUGACUGUGGGUCCCUGAGGAGUGGGUUGAAUAACUCUGUUCUAAGAGGAUACAAAAAAAAGAACUAACAAAAGGGACUUUAUAUGUAUAUAACCAUUAUACAGUUUACGGAAUUAAAAACAAAACAGCCUUAGAAUUAUUUUAUUUUUUAUUUCCAUUAAAUGUUUAUAAGAGAAGCUGAUCUUGCUUUCGUGUUACGCUUUAUUCUGACUUUUGAUACCUUGUACCAAGCACAGUAUUAUAACACAAAAGCGCCACCACAUUUUUUGUAUUAUACUUUCAAACCUUGGGGGUUGAUUUCUAGAUUUAUGGUGAGUUUGAUUUUUAACUCAUUAGGAAUGAUCUGAAAUUCCUACUCCCAAUUGUCACUGCUUUCCAAUAUGGAAACAUUUUAAUUGAAAUUUGGUUAACAGAUUGAUUACUUUUGUAAUUAAAUUCAACCUUAUAUAUGGCUCUAGGAGGCCUUGACCAUAAGCUUUAGAUUUACUUCCCUGUUGCAAUGGUUUGCCUAUAGCUGACAUUUUGGUGCCUCUGUUUCUUUUGUUGUACUGGAAAACUGAAGGUCACCCAGCAGCAUGAACUUGGCCCCACCCCCUGCAUUUCCUUUUUCAUUUUCUUAGUUCUCCUAAGAGUGGGAAAGCAAGAGAUCAGACUGAACUAGUUUGUAUAUUCAACAUUUGAAGUAUAUUCUAUUUUGUUGUACUCUUGUUUCAAAGCGUAUUCAAGUAGAUUUUACUGAAAUAUAAAUAGCGUUUGAAAUAAA